AUGAAGAUAGACCAUGAUUUCAUGGGAUUUAAAAAUGGCGUCUACAGUCUGAAGGAUGCUUCAUUCAGCUCAGGCGACGAUAUUCCAAAACAUAUCCAAGUGCGUGUGUAUUAUGAUAUUGAUUGGGUUAUCAUCGAUGAUACACCUCUACUCGACAAAUACUUUUCAUAUCAGUUCGAUGAUGCAGAUGUCAUCGAGUUUAUCCAUUUCAUGCUCGGACGAGCUCUGACUAAGAUCAACGACAAGUUUGAUUUCAUGGUCAUGCUUGUUGGAGUUGGCGGUUUUGGCAAGAGUUUGCUGCUUAAUUUGAUUUCCUAUGCAUUCGGCCCUGAUCAAGUAGGAACCCUGGGAAACAGUUUUCAGGACAAGUUUGGGUUAUCCGAGUUAGCUGACAGGCAGAUUGUGCUAUCCGAAGACAUGCCUCGCAACAUCGCUAAGACGCUACCCAAAUCCGAUUUCCUGUCAAUGCAGAGUCGUGGUCGUAUUUCAUGUCCUGUCAAGGGCAAGACCUCUAUCGAGGUUGACUCGUGGGAUAUCCCCACUCUUAUCAAUAGCAACGACCUUCCCAAUUAUUCCGACACCUCUGGUGAGAUUGUACGUCGUAUCCUGAUCCCACACUUCACCAAUGUCAUCCCUGAUGAAGAAAAGGACAAUCAGCUUGAAAAGAAAAUCAAAGCGUCUGAGUUUGCAACAUUCAUUCACAAGUGUCGGUCGACGUAUUUGAGAUUCUGCAAAGAGCAUGCUGGUCAGAAUGUCUAUACAUUUGCUCCUCAGCACUUCAUUGACAGCCGAGACAUGCUUCGCGGUUAA